AUUUAUUUAUACUAAGAAAUAAGUUAUUGUGUGACACAGUUUUCUAACAUUAGUGUCUUAGCAUAGGACAACAAAAAUCUGUGUUGACUCCCUCCCUUCCUCCCUUCACCAUAUCAUUAUUAAGAGAGAAACAAAAAAGAGAAAGAGAGAGAGAGAGAGAGAGAGAAAGAGAGGGUGUGUGUGAUCUUGCAAGUUCUGUUCCGGCAACACCAACAAGGCAUGGCGAUUUCAGGGUCGGAGACUCAGAGUUCGUCCUCACUGAAAAUUGUGUCUCAGGUGGAAGUGGAGUGUGUGAAAUGCGACUCGUGCGGGUUCACAGAGGAAUGCACGCCUGCGUACAUCUCGAGGGUGCGUCAGAGGUACCAGGGUCGGUGGCUCUGUGGGCUGUGCGUGGAGGCUGUGAAACACGAGGUGGUGAGAUCAGAAAGUGUCAUCACCACCGAAGAAGCCCUGGACCGCCACAUCACUUUCUGCAGAGAGUUCCGAUCAUCCACCGUUCUCAACGAAACUGAGCACCCCAUCUUCGCCAUGGGACGCCUCCUCCGCCGGAGCCUCGAUUCUCCCAAGCCUCUCCGAUCGAACUCCACUGGAGCUCUCGGGGUUAAAGCCCUGCAAUUGAUUCGAUCGGAGAGUUGCUUCUCUUCAAUCUCCGGCUAAAAGGAAAUCUGCUUUAAGGAAAUAAAGCUGAAAAGUUUUGCAACUGCUGAAUUUGAAUCAGAACAGAACAAAAAGACAGCGCAAAGUUUCGAUUAUGAUGGCUGGCUCAAUGCUCAAGCAGUCCUGAAAAGGAACCAUUUUUUUCUUUCAUUGGCUAUAGCUGUAAGCUUAAAAGAAUAUGAGAAUCUUCAACCUUUUCCAAGCUAAUAAUUACAGGUGUGCUUAGCUGUUUGUGUCAAUUUGCAGCAUGGCCAUUUAACAGUGAUGCCUUCAUUUUGAUAAUAAUAAUAAUAAAAAGAAAGAUAUUAAGGAAAGUUGUUUAAAUGGGGGCAUUUUGCAUGAGAUAUUUACACAAGAGGAAGGUGCAGGGAAAUUUCCCUCCAGUGAAAGAGCCAUCGCUUUUGUUGGAAAAGUUUAGCAUUUCCAAGCUACAGUUAGUAUGAGUAUGCGAGCCAAAGUUUAGAUCAGAAUUUGGGUCACAGAAAAAAUACACUGGACUGGAUUGAAGCUGCAAAAAGUUGCACAUCUUUCAUCUUAUGUUCCUUUUCUUGUGCUUCUAUCCGAAU